GCGGACGACGAUCGUGACCCCAUGGUGAUGCUGCUACACGCCUUGGCCAAGCUGGGGAUGGUGCACGCGCGGGAGCUCGGGGUGAAGUGCGUGAAGGAGCUCGGCAGGCUGGCGCAGGACGAGCCCGGGCUGGAGCACGACGUCCGGAAGAUGGUGGUGGAGAUGCUGCUGCAGCCGCUGGUCCG